GGCCUGAGUCAUGACUCUGGAAUGCCAGCCAGCGCAUAACAUAAACAUGCAUUUCCUCAGGCCUGGCUCCACUUGUUCACUGUUUAGUUCACCAGUGGGUUUCACAGAUGUGGAAUAUCCCAGCCUGAGCUCAGGAUUGUUGUCAAAAACGGCUAGAGGCUGCAGCUGAACACAAUGCCUGGCUUGUUAAACCGAUCGACAUGGGCACCUCUCCCCUUGAAUUCAUCCUCAAUAAAAGCCUGCACGAAUGGUUACUCCCUCAGGAUUACCACGAGCCUUACCUAUACCAACCCAGAGAGUGAACCGGUGGAAGGUGUAUUUGUUUACCUGCUGGAGGAGUCAGAAGUGGUGGUUGCCUUUGAAGCUUUGACAGCAGGAAGACUGGUGACCAUCCAGGUCAAGAGCCGGGCACGAGCUGAUGAUUGCUGUUUUGAUUGUUACAACCGUGCCAAUCAGGCUCUGCAAUGUAACAAUGGUCAUCUGAUAUUGGAUGAAGAUAUGGAUAGAACGACUUUCAUUGUGAGCACUGGGUUAAUUGGUUCACGGGACACCAUGACGAUAUUCCUUAGUACUACGUUGGAGCUUCAGACACAACCGAAUGGCACUGUGCAGGUGUCGUUUCCUUCUGCUUUCAUGCCUCGGGUAUGCAGCCAUGAGGGGAAGCUCGAGUCGACAAGAAGAGAUGAAGAAGGCUUUAGGCCUACCAAUUGUUUUGGAGCGGGGGGAACGAGAGUAGAGAAAAUGAAUGAUCACCAUAACCUACCAGAGAUCCUCACGGAACAAGUAUUCAACCCAGUACCAUAUGAAUUCAGCUUUGAGAUGCUGGUGCGUGGCCCCUGUCUCCUAGCAGGAGUGGAGAGUCCCACGCACGCACUACGGGCUGGAGCAGAUCCCAUCGCCAGGUCUGCUUCCACACUCUACAUCACACUGGCCGAGAAACACCACUACGACAGGGACCUCCAAAUUAUAUUACAUCCAAGCGAGCCCUAUGUCCCACACAUUCUGCUGGAGAAAGGCAGCAUGAGUUUUGAGGGGUAUGAACGGCAUGUCAAAAAUAGACGGGAUUUCAUUCGCUUGAUGAGGAAAAGCUCCAAUGCUGACAAAAGGGUUGAUUUUGUGCGGAAGCGUUUUCACAAAGACAUCAGAUUCAAUCCUGUGCUGAUGCUGAACUUCUGCCCCGAUCUCCAUAGCAGCCCAACAGAUUUUGGAAAUGUGACCAGAGAAAUUAUCUUUCUUGUCGACAGAAGCAGGAGCACGAGUGGCAUUAAUAUGGAGAAAAUAAAAGAAGCCAUGCUAGUUGCCAUUAAAAGUUUACCACCUGGGACACUACUGAACAUCAUCGGGUUAGGCACAAAUGUGAGGACUCUCUUCUCUUCCAGUCAAGUGUGCAGUGAUGAGACCCUAUCCUUGGCAAAUGAAUAUAUUCAGAGGAUGGGAGCUGACAUGGGCAGCAGUAAUAUACUUGGUGCUUUAUCCUGGAUUUAUAAACAACCAGUCCAUUGUGGGUAUCCUCGGCAGCUCUUUAUUUUGACUGAUGCUUCUAUGAGCCAAGCCGGGAAAAUCAUAGAGUUGGUACGAAAAAACGCAAGCUCAGCAAGAUGUUUCAGUUACGGGCUGGGUCCUAAUGCCUGCAAGCGCUUACUACGCAGAGUUGCAAAGAUCACAGGUGGACUGUUUGAAUCUUUCAGUGAAGGUGAACAGUUGCAACCAAAGUUAAUUAAAUCUUUGAAGAAAGCAAUUGAGCCAGUUAUGAGUGACAUCACCAUCGAAUGGUAUCUCCCAGAUACUUUAGAAGUUCUUCUUUCGCCAAUGGAAAUUGGACCUUUAUACCCAGGGGAUCAUCUCAACAGCUAUGGUGUCAUUUAUGACCUUUCUGGAUUCCAAAGGAAGAAGAAUGUGGGAAAACAACAUAUUUCUAAAACGGUGUUAAAAGAGUCAGCCAACUCUGUAUUCCAGAAUCAAGGUGAAUCUUCUACCUCAGCCUUGUCUGACAGGAGCAACCUCUCUUUUCCUGCUGAAAAGAAUGACAUUAAGGAUGCAUUAAAGGAGAUUUCCCAGGAGAUUUCUACAGAGUUUUCAGCAGUUAAUGUGGAGGAAAGUGAAAAAUCUAAGGAUGCAGAGAGUGAUUCAUUCAAUGACUUGCGCAAGCGUAUCUCCCUCACUUCGUAUAUCCACGAGCAGUAUACGUUGACGCAUUGUUCUCUCAGCAAUCUUAAGGGACCUAGGGAUCGAAGUCUGUCGACCUGUGGUUCAAAUAGUAGUGAUUCUACAGAACCUCCAGAUAUUGGCAGGGAAGUUGCUUCCUUCCCACAUGGUUUGGAGAAUAUUGCCCAUCAGGGACAGAAAGGUUUGGUGCGUUGGGAAUCAUCAAAGAAAACAUUGUCCAACGUUGAAUCCACCAAUGGUAAAGGCUUCCCUGGAGCUGACCCUGUCUCAGAUGAGGCAAGAAGAAAGAGAAAACUAAUAGCUCAAGCAGCCCUAUCAGGUCGGAGUUUCUCUUCACCAAAUGGCCAAUUGGACAUGCAUUACCUGCGCAAGGCAUUGGCAAAAGUUUCCACGGCGAAGUCUUACAAUUGGUCCGUUGGAGGAAGAAUGAAUGAUAUUGGACAAGAAUCACAACAAUUUCAAGCUGACAGUAGCUCAAGGAAGAGCCUCAAUGAUUCCAACGCUCUUCUGUUCCAGGCAGCGACUCCAGAGUGGGACACAUUUUUUGAUCCCGAGAAUCUCUUCCUGCCGAUGACCUUGGAUGAGUCGAGCUUGACGGAAGUGAAUGGCGCUCCCGUAAUGCAGUGUAAAGCAGUGAUUCAUGGCUUGAUCAGUGGGAAGUCAGUCACAUGGGAGGCAACGGCCAACCUCUCCUCCCUCUACCAUGCGGCAGUUCAACAGGAGCCGACAGGCACCACCAAAACUCCAUGUGAUGGGAUCCUCCACCAGUUGACGGUGCAUUCAGUCAUCAGAGACUUUGAGAACAUGGCUGACAAAACUAACGAAAUUGAAUAUGCCCCUGCUGGAAGAUAUCGCUUGAAAGCUAUUCAGACCAGCAGAGCAAGUAACAGCAUGUCCAUUUACACAACCAUUGUGCCUGUGAAUGCUGCCACACAAGAGCCAUUACCCUCCUACGUGGAAGUACGAAACACAGGAGUCAUAAACCAGUCCCGAAGCUCGCAUUCAGGAAGCAAGAGACAGAGAAGUUAUUCUACCGCUUUGGGACAAAGGCCUUCAAGCCACGAUUAUGAGGAAUUGGAUGAUAUGUUUGGUUCCACAGGCAAGGAUGAACUUCCAGCUACGCCAACCAGCGUGGGAUCUUCAUCAUCCUCUGGUUGGGAAAGACAGAGUGUUCCAGAUGAAGAUGACCUUGAACAGGAAGCAGUGCACAAGGACUGGUGGUGGGACUCAUCUACUACACAAAGUGAGGGGCCCAUCACGAAGACCAUUGACUGGGAGACGGAAGCUCAUGGAGGUGACACUGCUCCUGGUUUGUGCAGAUCCGUACUCUCUUGUGGUGAAAAAAGCGAUGCCCUCGGAGAGAGAUCAGAUGUCUCCACACUGCAAGAUUCGACUCCACCCUCUGCUUUGACCAUGCCACCUCAGCCAGGCACCGGCCCAGUCACAGACACUUCAGAGGAAGUGAAUGAGUUUAAGAGGGAGACACAGAGCAAUGUACAGAGUCCAUCCGCAAUCUCAGUCCGAACACAGAAAUCAUUUGAAAAUUUCUUUGCAUCCAGGCUUAGCCUGGGAAGGUACAGAAGCUCAAGUCAGACUGGAAAAUACAUACCGAUAAAACCCAACAGUCUUUCUGCUAAACCAGACAUAUUGCCUGCAGAAGACAUUCAUGAUUAUAUGCCACUGGUGCGAUUGCAAUUGGCAUCUGGAGCUUUUCUUCUAAAUGAAGCCUUCUCUGAAGCAGUUCAGAUUCCUUUCGAUCGACUGAGGAGGGCCUCGCCCUUCUCCUGCCAUCGAGCAAGUCUCAGUCCAUCUUCUCGCUGCGCAAUGACCAGCAAGACUGAGUCUCCUCUCAGAGGGAAGAUCUCCAUCCAUGGAGAAGGGGUGGUUCAACCUUGUGCUGAUAGGAACGACCAGUGCCUGCUUGAAAACAAUCAGGAAAAUGCUGAAGAGAACAUAAAAGGUUCAAAGAAAAUUACGUGGUCGCAUCUGGAGGGUGUUGUGGAUCAUAGCAGUUCUCUAGCAAGUAGGUGCAACUCAUUCAGUGCCAGCGCUGAUGGUCAGAGCACCGUCGUUCAGCUGGUGGACAGUGGCAGGGGCUCUGAGAGCGACCUGUGUGAAAAUUCACCAGUCACUUCAGAAAGCAGUGGAGCCUCCUACAGGUUAAUAAAUGAUUUGAACUCCCAGUAUGAUGACUUGGAAGGGAUGAGCUGGGCGACUGCAGUCGGACUGGGCUGGCUUGAGCAUCAAAGUGCAGGUUAUUUUCCAGAAUGGGAGCUUAUUGCUGCCAAGGCCGACACGUGGCUACAUUCCCAACAACUUCCUGAACAGAUGAAUAUUAACGGACUGAAGGCAGCAACUAGGCAGCUUUUCCUGCUGCUGCGUCAUUGGAAUGAGAAUAUCAAACUCAACAUGUUGUGUUAUAACCCCAAUAAUAUGUAAAUACAAAUAUUUAAUUAAUAUAAUAUAUAAAUACUUGAUAAUAAUUUUAAAUUGGUGUGCAGAAAAUUAUAGUGCCUGAUUAAAAAUAACCCCAAAUGAGUCAUCCUGCUGCAUCUUUUGAUAUGAGGCAACUGUUCUGCCACUUAGUGACCAUUGUGACAGCACCAUUCUAUUAAUUAUGGUGCAGAUUUCAAAUGUUUUACCUCCUUUCUAUGAAAUACCUGCAAAGGAAAUUUGAUGAUUAACUGUACAAGGACUGGCCUGGAUUUAUAAUGAAAUAAAUGGCAAUAUUGAUUUUACACUGCUUUUCACUGGAACAUUUUGUUGCAAUUUUCAGAAGAGAGGUUUCACAAUAAUUGCACAUCUUUUUCUUCAAUUGAACACUGCACUAGCAAUCCGUCUAUCCGGUUCUGUUGAUUUCAGACAAUUACCUUUCACACUGGCCAGUUCAUGAAAACAGAAUAGAGCACUUCUAUUCCUAGAGGAAAACCACCAUUCUUGAUCAGUACAGGUAUCAGGGGUUAUGAGGUGAAGGCAGGAGAAGGGUUAGGAGGGAGAGAUAGAGCAGCCAUGAUUGAAUGGUGGAGCAGACUUGAUGGACAAAUGGCCUAAUUCUGCUCCUAUCACUUAUGACCUAAUGACUAUUGUC